AUGAAAGUUACAACCUUAUUCACCCUUUCCUUGCUAGCUUUAGUAUCAGCCAAGAACGUUGCCAAUCUCGACAAGUUCAGACAGGCUUUCGAGAAGGAAUUUGGAGUCCAUGCUGCUAAAAGAGGAUUGUCAGUUGAACAAUUUGUUUCUUUACUCGAAGAGUCAACUCCAGAGCAAAUUCAAGAAAUCAUGGGGAAAAACGUUCAAGGAGUCUUGAUGGCCCAUGAAGAAGAGAAACUUACUGAACCUGAAUCUAUCUUGCUUCAAACUGCCUUGGCUCAAAAUAAAGAUAUCUCUAUUUUUGCUAAUUAUAUCAGAGACCAAAAGAAGAUUGCUCUUGCUACAGAUGACCUUCAAGAUUUCCUUGUGGUUGUAGCACCUACCGAUCAUGCUAUUUCUCACAACCUCGGGGGCUUAAAACCUUGGGAAUUCCCAUUACCGGUUGAUGGUGCAAAUGAAGAUGAAAACAUCGCAUCCAAUCUUAGCUCAUUUGUACAAUCUCAUAUAAUUCCAACUAAUGGUGAAGUUAAAGAUUGGCCAGUAUUCUUAAACUCUAAUGAAGAUUUGGAGUUGACUACCCAUUCUUUCAAUAAGAAUUCCGUACAAUUCUCGCGGAUCAACGGGGAAACAUUUGUCAACUCGAACAAAGUUCUUGAUACUAUAUUUGUUGACAAUGGUAUCAUUUUAGUUAUUAGUGACUCUUUGGUUAAGCCUUAA